GUCUAAAUGGGUAGGCAAGUGCUAACAACGAAAUAACUAGCAACCAUGAAGUGGGUCGAAUCAUUUUUUGUAAUUUUCCUACUAAGUUUUACUGAAUCCAGAACACUGCAUAGAAAUGCAUAUGGAAUAGCUUCCAUAUUGAAUUCUUCACAAUGUACUGCAAAUAUGAACUUAGCUGACUUAGCUACCAUAUUUUUUGCCCAGUUUGUUCAAGAAGCCACUUACAAGGAAGUAAGCAUGAUGGUGAAAGAUGUAUUAACUGUAAUUGAGAAACCCACUGAGCAAGCUGCAGGGUGUUUUGAUAACCAGAUGUCUGUCUUUCUGGAAGAAAUUUGUCAUGAGAAAGAAAUUCCUGAGAAGUAUGGACUUUCAGACUGCUGCAGCCAGAGUGAAGAUGAAAGACUUAAGUGUUUACUUGCACACAAGAAGGCCGCUCCAGCAUCCAUUCCAGCCUUCCAAGUUCCAGAACCUGUCAUGAGCUGUAAAGCAUAUGAAGAAGACAGGGAGGCAUUCAUGAACAGAUACAUCUAUGAGAUCGCAAGGAGGCACCCCUUCCUGUACGCACCUACAGUGCUUUCUUCUGCUGCUCGUUAUGACAAAAUCAUCCCACUCUGCUGCAAAGCUGAAAAUGCCGUGGAAUGCUUCCAAACAAAGGCAGCAUCAAUUACAAAAGAAUUAAGAGAAAGCAGCUUGUUAAAUCAACAUACAUGUGCAGUAAUGAAGAAUUUUGGAUCCCGAACCUUCCAAGCCGUAACUGUUACUAAACUGAGUCAGAAGUUUACCAAGGUUAAUUUUACUGAAAUCCAGAAACUGGUCCUCGAUGUGGCCCAUGUCCACGAGCAGUGUUGCAGAGGAGACGUGCUGGAGUGUCUGCAGGAUGGGGAAAGAAUUAUGUCCUACAUAUGUUCUCAACCAGAUACUAUGUCAAGCAAAAUAGCAGAAUGCUGUAAAUUGCCCACACUUGAACUUGGUCAUUGUAUAAUUCAUGCAGAAAAUGAUGACAAACCUGAAGGUCUAUCUCCAAAUCUAAACAGAUUUUUAGGAGAUAGAGAUUUCAAUCAAUUUUCUUCAGGCGAAAAAAAUAUCUUCUUGGCGAGUUUUGUUCAUGAAUAUUCAAGAAGACAUCCUGACCUUGCUGUUUCAGUAAUUCUAAGAGUUGCUAAAGGAUACCAGGAGUUACUGGAGAAGUGUUUCCAGUCUGAAAAUCCUCUUGAAUGUCAGGAUAAAGGAGAAGAAGAAUUACAGAAAUACAUCCAGGAGAGCCAAGCAUUGGCAAAGCGAAGCUGUGGCCUCUUCCAGAAAUUAGGAGAAUAUUACUUGCAAAAUGCGUUUCUGGUUGCUUACACUAAGAAAGCCCCUCAGCUCACCUCGUCUGAGCUAAUGACCUUCACCAGAAAAAUGGCAACCGCAGGAGCCACUUGUUGCCAACUCAGUGAAGACAAACAACUGGCCUGUGGUGAGGGAGCGGCUGACCUUAUUAUUGGACAAUUAUGUAUCAGACAUGAAGCGACUCCUGUAAACCCUGGGGUUGGCCAGUGCUGCACUUCAUCAUAUGCCAACAGGAGGCCAUGCUUCAGCAGCUUGGUGGUGGAUGAAACAUACGUCCCUCCUUCAUUCUCUGAUGACAAGUUCAUCUUCCAUAAGGACCUGUGCCAAGCUCAGGGUGUAGCACUGCAAACAAUGAAGCAAGAGUUUCUCAUUAACCUUGUGAAGCAAAAGCCACAAAUCACAGAGGAACAACUUGAGGCUGUCAUUGCAGAUUUCUCAAGUCUGUUGGAGAAAUGCUGCCAAGGCCAGGGGCAGGAAGAAUGCUUUGCCGAAGAGGGUCCAAAACUGAUUUCAAAAACUCGAGCUGCUUUGGGAGUUUAAAUGACUUCAGGGGGAAGAGAAGACAAAAGGAGUCUUUAUGGUCUGAUGUGAACUUUUCUCUUUAAUUUUAGCUGAAUUAAUACUUUUUGUGAAUUAAUGAAAUGAUGAAGACGUUUAUGUGAGAUUUUCCUGUCAUAGAAAUAAAGUAUUUCCAAAUGUUUCCUUUU